AUGCCGACUCGCCAAACGGCCCAAACGGCCUUCGAUGGCGUGCAGCCGAGUAUCAGAUCUGCGCUGCGCAGCGCAGCGCACUCGCCUUCGAUCCUCCAUGUAGACACCACGACAUUCCAGCGCUCUCGGGCGCACUCGUCCAAAAGAAAAAAGACGCCGAAGCACGAAACGGGCAGAUGGUCAUGUGUCUCAUCCGCAAAGACAUCAGCGAGUCAAGUCAUGAGAUGUGACUGCAAAAAUUAUGAAUGUGGGUCAAGCCGGAAGCUAGACAGGGGCUUCCUCAGCAACAAAAGAGAGAACGGAUUUUGCAGGCCUCAUCGAGGACGAAGGGUGCCUCGGAUUGUCUUGCCGGAGGAGGACGAGGCGAGCAAUGAUGAGCAUUCUGCCGAGCCAAGGUCUGAGUUUCUUGACAGCGAAGCAGCACAAGAGCGCGGCAUGCAAAGGCGCGAGCGCGUCGAGAUUUCCCCCGUUCCCGUUGCGAUCAUGGCGCGAGAUCCUUCAGACAGCUCAUCCGAGCCCGUCGCAGGGCCGUCCUCACAACCCGCCGCCGGCCUGCCCUCACCAGAGCAACUCGCCUCCGACCCAAGCGCAACCGACGCACAAAUCCCGCAUCCACCACCGUUUUACCACUCGGCAUCACAGGCAGCCACCGCAUCCAUCGCUUCCAUCCGCUCCUCCCUCCAUCGUUUCCCCACACCCAUCCUCAAGAUCCAACGUGUCAACCAACUCGAUGCCGAACUGCUCGAUCGCGAGCUCGCCGAGCUCCUGCUCGAUCCGGUCAAGAAGGCGCUCGGCUCCAUCCGAUCCACCUUACCCUCCGAUCUGGAACCCGAACUGUUGCUGCUGCUCAAACUUGCCCUCUUCAAGUUCAGCAUCUACGAUCGAGGUGCUUCGUACGGGUCGAUGCUGCAGAACCUGAAAUAUCGAAACGAAUGGGCGCAUCGAGGCGCCCUUCAGUCGACCGCGAGAGACCAACCCCUCUCGCGUCUCCAGCUCUCCCUCUAUCCUCUCCUCACCAUCAUCGCCCCUUACGCAGGCUCCAAGUGGCAGGAUCACAUGACAUCGCUCAGCUAUUCUGACAUGCCUAACAACGAUCCCCGUCGCCUACUCUGGAAGCUCACAGAUGCAUCGCAGCGCGUCUGGUCCGCGCUCGUCCUUGCCAAUUUUGCCGUGUUUCUCGCCGACGGCAAGUUUCGCAGCGUAGCGGAUCGCAUCUUGGGGAUGCGAUUGACGUAUUCCCAGCGAACGAUGAAUCGGAACGUCUCGUUCGAGUUUCUCAACAGACAGUUGGUAUGGCACGCGUUUACCGAGUUCUUGCUGUUCUUGUUGCCAUUGGUCAGGCCGAGGAGGUUGUUGAGGAGAUUGCUGAAGCUGCCGACCCACCCGAAGCUGUUGGGGAUGGUGUGGAUGUUUUUGCCCUUGGCGAUCAGUAGGAGGUUGGGGAUGAGGCGGGAUGCGGGUGGGAGAACGAGGUGGAGCAGGGAGGAUGUCUCUAUGCCGGUGGUAAAGCAGAUCGUCGGGAGUAAGCCCAGCAGCAAAGGCGAAAAGGCAAAAGAGGACGAGGCGGAGACGGAUGGUGUUGGUCCGUACCACCACUUGCCAGAUCAAGUGUGCGCCAUCUGUUACCAACGCAUCGAGACGCAAACAGGCAUGAGCAAAGAUCCAACAAAGAUCGGCACCGGUGGCCUCAGCAUGGGCAUCCCCACCUCGGACCCGCUCGACCCCAGCUCCGGCCUCCUGGCGCCCAACCGUCCCUCGUCGGCCUCGCAACCGCUCAAUGCAGCCACCGCGGCAGCGUCCGCCUCGGAUCCCGAACGCAACGCCGUGCUCGGCGUAUCGCCCGACGGAAUCGCGUAUGCCGAUGCCAUCGUCACCACCCCCUACGAAACCGUACCGUGCCACCACAGAUACUGCUAUGUGUGCAUCGCAAAGCAGUUGUUGGAUGAAGAGAUGGAGGACGAGCUGGAUGAGGAGGACGAGCGCGGGAGGCGGGGUUGGAAGUGCUUGCGGUGCAAUACGAGGGUUAGGGAGACUAGGAGGGCGCGUGGAGAGGGUCAGCCGAUUCGGGAGGAUAGCGAGGAGGAAGAUGCGGAAGAGACCAAGUAG